AUGAGUUUAGGAGUAACUGGACAUGCUAUACUUGGCCAGGCUGCUGAAGCAGCUGUAGAGGCACCGUCAUAUGGCUCCUAUCUGCCGAAAAUUGAUCAGUUUUAUAUACCGCAAUGGUUGACCCUGAGCUUCGUCGCCAAUAAUAUUAUUAGUUUUACACCGCUACUAUCUUAUGGGACUACAGUAUGGAGUAUAUCCCGUUCAAGGACGGCAUUAGGAUUUUCUAUCGAUAUCUGCGCUACGAUGCUAAUAGCAAGCAUUUUAAGAGUAUCUUACUACUUGAUUAGCCCAUAUGAAAAAGCCUUACUGACACAAUCUUUGUGUAUGAUUUUCAUACAAACAAUAUUAUUGUACACCAGCUUGUACUAUAGACCCGAAGAAUACAAGUUUGAGAGUUUAAAGCCGAUAGAACCAUUUUCGGACCUAUUAAAAGAUACUUGGCACGAGUAUUUUCCAGUUAGCAUGUAUGGUUCUAGUUGGAAAGGUUUUAUCAAGACGGCGGACUUUAACACUCUAUUGGGUUUUAGUGAGAAAGCAUUAUUGGUGGUAGUUUACAGGUUUUUAAAAUUUUUUGACGCUAGUUACCAAAGGGUUGGUGGUUUUUGGCAAUGGGAUGAUACAAAAAGAUUUUGGAAGUUCCUAUUAUGGUUUUUUGUUUGUCAAUUUGCUGGCACUUACGUGAUUUCCAAAGUACUGGGAUGGGAAAGUCUUACAAUAUGGAUGGGGUCGAUUAUUGGAUCUUUAGGGUUACUUAUUGAAUCUCUACUUCCGUUGCCCCAAAUUUCUAUAUUGCACAAAUUGCAAAGUGUUCAAGGCUUUAAAUUGAUACUUCUAGUUAGUUGGUUGUGUGGUGAUAUACUGAAGAUAACUUAUUUGGUUUUUGGUGCUAGUAACAUUUCUUCAAUGUUUGUAUUCUUCGCAUUAUUUCAAAUGAGUUUAGACAUGUACAUUGCGUUUUUGUACGUCUACUACAAAUAUUACUUUCCCAGUAAAAAAAGGGUAUGCACAUCACUGAUAGAAAUGCAAGAAAUGCUACCCACGGACGCUUAA